CCGCUGAGGCGGGAAGGCUGAGGCGGGAAGGCUGAGGCAGGCGCCGUGCUGAGUCCGCUGCUCCCCAGCCUGGCGCCUCAGCACCGCGGGCCAAUUCAAAGCAAAGAAUGAGUGACAAACUCUUAAGCAAUUUAGACAAACUUCUCACUGAGUUUGUUUUUCAGGUACAACAAACUUCUUACGCUACGGACCUUGCGAAGCAACAGGUCUAUUUAUAUACUGCGAAUAUUACGGAAAAGAAAAAAGAAAUUUCUAGAUUACAAGAAAAUAUAAAUAAAAGUAAUGAUGCAAUUGUUCAUUUGCACAAGCACAGAAAAAAUUGUAAGGAGAACUGUAAUACCUGGAAACCAACCUAUGUAGCUCUUAGCAGGCAUGAAGAAUAUUUGAAGAACCAACUCAAAAUCCGUCAAGAAACUACAGAAAAUGACCGGAAAAUGUAUCAGGAUUACAUUAUCCAAUAUAACAACAUUUUGAAGCAACACCAAGAAAAAUAUUCAGAAACAGCUCUUUCACAAGAAUACUAUAUGAAAAAAAAGGAUCUUGAAGAAAUCGAAAAUAGAGUUUUGAAACAUUCUGAACAAUUUAAAUCGAAAGAAGCUGCUCUUUUGGAUAUGCUAGAGCCUGCUCCUUUUCAGUCACUUUCUGAUUGGGCCUUACAGAUUGCUUCUUUGAGGCAAAAAACACAAGAGGUCCUGAAGAACACUGCUGUUUUAACUCAGAAAUCAUUGAAACUAGAAAAAGAAGCAGAUGAGCUGGAAAUGAAAAUUAAUUAUUUGAAACAGCCAUUUGAAAGGACUACCGAAAAUCAAAACCAUUCUGAAAUAGCUGAUGGAAAAUAUAAAAGAAAUCUAGAGCAAAGGAAGCAGUUUAAGGAAAGGGUGUUUGAAGAGAAUGAAAAUCCAUAUUUAGUAAAAGAGAAACAGCAGCAGCAGCAGCCAUUACAUCUUCCUUCCAUUCCUCAGAAAUUUGUCCAAUCUAUAAGGACUAUUAGACAAACUCUGCAAGAGACAAAAGCAGUUGGAGAAGAAAGAGAAAAUCCCGUGGAUCAUUCAGCAAUUACCAGUGUUUCCUCCAGCCUACUAGAAAAUGAAACACAGAAAUGUAAUGAUACCAUCAGGACUAACAAUCCACAAAUUGCCCAAGUUCCAUCCAGGCAAAACCAGAUGCAAUUCAGAUUGCUAGCUCCUCAGAAGCAGACAACUUCCAAGCAAUGGUUUGAAAAUGAAGCUGUGGUGACAGCAAAUAAAGAUGCUGAGUGUGGAGAUAAGGAAGAAGCAAGCAAGGCCAAAGAUUCUUUACAUGUCUCUCAAAACAUACCCACAGAAUCUUUUAGAUCAACAGAGGAUAAUCCCAAUACAGCAGAAGAAAGAACUGAGACUUUUUCAAGAACCCCUGAGACGCCUGCAUUUAUAAGAACACCUGAAUCUAAUGAGAAAAGUCAGAAUUCCGGAUCUGAAAAAGCAGCACCAAAAUCACCAGGUUUUUCUUUCCUUAUGGCCUGCGCGGAGAAGUCACCUGGAUUUAACCUGUUAAGUCAGAAAUCAUUGAAACUAGAAAAAGAAGCAGAUGAGCUGGAAAUGAAAAUUAAUUAUUUGAAACAGCCAUUUGAAAGGACUACCGAAAAUCAAAACCAUUCUGAAAUAGCUGAUGGAAAAUAUAAAAGAAAUCUAGAGCAAAGGAAGCAGUUUAAGGAAAGGGUGUUUGAAGAGAAUGAAAAUCCAUAUUUAGUAAAAGAGAAACAGCAGCAGCAGCAGCCAUUACAUCUUCCUUCCAUUCCUCAGAAAUUUGUCCGAUCUAUAAGGACUAUUAGACAAACUCUGCAAGAGACAAAAGCAGUUGGAGAAGAAAGAGAAAAUCCCAUGGAUCAUUCAGCAAUUACCAGUGUUUCCUCCAGCCUACUAGAAAAUGAAACACAGAAAUGUAAUGAUACCAUCAGGACUAACAAUCCACAAAUUGCCCAAGUUCCAUCCAGGCAAAACCAAAUGCAAUUCAGAUUGCUAGCUCCUCAGAAGCAGACAACUUCCAAGCAAUGGUUUGAAAAUGAAGCUGUGGUGACAGCAAAUAAAGAUGCUGAGUGUGGAGAUAAGGAAGAAGCAAGCAAGGCCAAAGAUUCUUUACAUGUCUCUCAAAACAUACCCACAGAAUCUUUUAGAUCAACAGAGGAUAAUCCCAAUACAGCAGAAGAAAGAACUGAGACUUUUUCAAGAACCCCUGAGACGCCUGCAUUUAUAAGAACACCUGAAUCUAAUGAGAAGAGUGAGAAUUCAGGUUCUGAAAAAGCAACACCAAAAUCACCAGGUUUUUCUUUCUUUAUGGCCUGCGCAGAGAAGUCACCUGGCUUUAACCUGUUUGAUCCUUCUGUAUUUGGAGCAGAAAAUUCAUCAGAUCAGAUGGAUGAAAGUUAUUCUGCAGGAAAUGUCAAUCCUGUAUCUCCACACAAAGAUAUUGGGAGUUUAUUUGGAAAAUCAGAAAGUGAGGAUGGCUUUACAUUUUCCUUUCCCUCUGAGUCAUCUUCUAACACAUUUGGAGAUGGAAAAGAUGACUUUAGUUUUCUAUUUGCAUUUGGACAAGAUCAGAGAUCUUCACAGUCUUCCUCUAUGAAAGGGUUUCACUCUUCUUCACAAAGUACAAAACCAUUUACAUUCUUCUGAAUACAUUUUAUUUCCUCUUGAAUUCUUUUGUGGCUUAGCCUUGACAAGUGUUUUCAGCAUCUUAAGUAAAAAUACAAAGCCUUUCACCUUCUCUGUCAUUUCAUGUAAAAAUACAUUAUUGUACUUGCUGCAAAAACAUCUAAAUGUUCAUUGCUCUUUAUAUAUAAAGAGACAAUUUUUUGUUUUUAUAUUUGUUAUUUAAUAUGUUGUUUCAGUAAAUCUGCUAAUCUCCCUCUAAACUUGGACUUGUUAUAAAGAGAAAAAAUGACAAUUGACAAGAGCAUGUUGAGUUAAUUUAAUGUAUGUUAUGCAACUUUAAGCUUCCAGUUUGAAUACAUUAAUCUAUAACAAAGCAAGUAGUGGAUGGUUUUACCCAAGCUACUGCCACUACUUAGAACAACACAGCACUUGUUCAUGUAAUAACGCAGAAUUCUUUUCUCUAUAGCUUAGUAUAACAUAAAUUUAGCUAUUUUUCUGUAGCAUUAAAAGCUGUUUGAAUGUAUUUGUUAUGUUAAAUGCGAUAUUCAUAAAUUCAUUAACUGUUUUAAUGUGUUAAAAAGGUUAGAAAUAAACAUCUUUGUUAGUUGUUA